AUGGAGCUGCAGGCAAGCGGCACCGAGCCCGAACUGAGAGGCGUCGCAGAUGAUAAUAAUGGGACGUUGCAGACACUGGGAUCUGUGGAAACAAUUUCAUUCAGUAGACUGGGACUGACCCCGAUUGACUGUGCGGUCCUGUCUCAUGCCAUCAGGCUCUGUGAUACAAUCAAACACCUCGAUCUAUGGAACUACCGCAUUCAGUGUGAAGGUCUCCAGCGGCUGGGACCGGCUCUGCACAAGUGUCAGUGCUUGAGACUGGGAGACAACGACCUGGGAGAUUCCGGAGUGAAACUGGUGUCUGCGGCUCUGAGGAACCCGGACUGUAAAAUACAGAGACUGGAGCUGGACGUUGUCGGUCUCACAGAUUCUGGAGCCGAGGAUCUCGCCUCCGCUCUCAGUACAAACCACACGGUGACGGAGCUGUGGCUGAGUAGGAAUAAACUGGGAGAUUCCGGAGUGAAAUUGAUGUCUGCGGCUCUGAGGAGCCCGGACUGUAAAAUACAGAGACUGGAGCUGGACAGUGUCGGUCUCACAGAUUCUGGAGCCGAGGAUCUCGUCUCCGCUCUCAUUACAAACCGCUCACUGACGGGGCUGAUCCUGACAUACAACUCCCUCACAGACCGAUGUGUCCCCGCUCUCUGCCGCCUCAUACUGAACCUCCCGAGACUGGAGCUGAUCAGGCUGGAGGAGAAUAAGUUCAGUGCGACCGGGAAGAAGGAACUGAGGUCGCUGCAGGAACGCAGACCCGGAUUGAGUAUGGACGUGUGAACAUCUCGUGGUGUAAACGUCACCGCCCUGGGGAUCGGAAUAUUGUUGGCCGAUUCCCCGCCCUCCCCUUUAAACGGCCGCCCUCCCCUUUAAACGGCUACCCUCCCCUAUAAACCCCAACGCUUCCCGGGCCGGCCGGGCAGUGACAUCAGAGGCGACCCUGGCCGCUGUCACGUGACCCGGGUACGCGCUGCUGAUGCUGGAUAGCCGGUGCUGC